AUGGCCGACGGACCAAGCUGGAUCUCAGCUGUAUGCUCAAUCCUUGCGGUAUUUCUAGGCCUAAUCACCCUUGUGACGGUAUUUGUUGCCGCUCGACAGCUUCUUACAGAACACCGUAUCUACGAACUAGGGCUCUCAGCACAAUCUUUAGGGCCGUGGCACACUAAGGUGAACAGAAAGCAGCUACUUGGAAUGCAGCAGCAGAUAGUUACACCUACACUUAGUAUACCCAGUCUGUUGAAAAGCGAUUGGCAGCCGCAUUUCAGGUUUCCAAUCGGGUUCUCCCAUGAAUCUACCCAGCCCGGUUGUGACCCAGAAAUGGCUCCCGUGGAAGCCACCUGGGUCAACUUUGUCCAAGCACUAGGGAUAUCUCCUGAACACGAUCAGUUCUACAAUAUGACGUUCCAGCCAAAUUUGGUGAAUGGGAUCAUUCCUAUGCGUUGGGCUGGGAAGACACUCGUCGCGUUAUGUGUAAUGCUUGGGUUUCAGUCAUUUGAGGACAAGCCCAGCUUCAAAGACCCAUUUCCCCUUCCUAUGCAGUGGAGUGGACCCUUGGGCUGGCUACAGUUCCGCCAGGGUCCAAAUGGUUGCAUCGCGGAGUUCCGUCCGAGGACUAUGAUUGCAGAUCAGUUAUCCUCAGAAGUCCGGAAGUUCUACAAGACAAUAAAACAUGCUAAUCGACCUAGCCUCCUGAAAACACGGCUCUGGAGAUCGAUUAGAGGCAUGUGUUUACCAGAUGGCAAAGUCCUUUAUCUAGGCGGCGCCGAUAGGAGCAAUGGAGAUGCCGAGAAGGAGAAGUUGAAGGAGAAGUUCAAAGAAAUGAAAGAAAAUCUGGAAGAGCUGGAAGAACUCGCCUCGAAAGUUUUAAGCAAUCAAGAAUAUGAAGAAUUGGACUAUCAUGGAAAAACUGCAGGUUUCUUUGAUGAGCUCAUGCAACACGAUCUUUCGGAUGCAGAAAUCACACAACUUUUACGAAGUGGGAAGCUGGAGAUACGUGAGCCCGCUUCUACUACGAUAGAGAAACCUUCGGAAUUCCGUGAUAGUCUACUAGAGAACAAACGGGGCCAAAAGGAAGUCCUUAGGCCAUGCCCAGGUCUAUUCUCAGUCAUUAUAGAAUGUGAGCUAGCAGAUACCCGGGGCUUAAGUACGGAGGAUUGUAUUGAGUACCAUCGGGAGUAUAUUGACUACGACGAAAUAGAUCAUGGGAAAUUUCGAUACUCACUAGGAGAUCUAUUUAUGGACGAUGUUCUAUUGCUUUUAAUGAAAAAGGCAAUGGAAAUGCUUAAACCGGACGGAUAUUACUUUACCCCUGUCAUAUUUCACUACAUGGAUAUUUUUCAAGUCUACCAUCAUGUUGAGGCUACAUCUGACGAACCUAAUCGGACCCAGAUUUUUCAGUUUCCUGAACUGGGGAAAUGGCCAUCAUCCGUCCAGGACCGAGAGACACUAUAUUACUCCAUGCUGCUCUGCAACGAGUUCCAGCAUAUUCGAAAGCACAACAGGGCAAUAUUCACAAUAGAGGACAUGAUUGCCAUUUCGAAGGCAUCGGAUCUGCUGACCGAAAUUAUUGGUAACGCAUCAGACUUGCGCUGGGCAAUGUUGGCGUGCCCAAAGUUGUUUUGCGACCUCGCCAAUGUUUUCGAACAUACAGAAACUAUGGAUUUUCUGAAUCGAAAAGUCAGCUGCAAGGCAGAGAGUUUAGACCUUACUGACGUAAAUGAAGCCUGUGGGUGUCCAACUGAUAGUUGCGUUUAUGUAGUUCCUUUGUGUUCCGACGGGAAAUUUGAUGGAACCCAAUUAUUGGCUGCUUUCAUGGAUACGCUCAUAACGUAUUUCUGGAUUGAGAAGAAGUGGAUUAGCGACGUUGGGCUAUACGACAUGACUAUCCCGCAAACGAUAAUAAUGUGCUAA